CAAGUUCCUGCGGUUCGCGCCGAAGCUCAAAAGCGCUGCGGCCGCUCGGUCUCCCUUGCAGGUUUCUGCACUCUAAGUGCCUUAUGGAGUCAUUGUAUAGAGACAACUUCAUUGUUCUCAUGAUGAUCUCUCCCAGCUAGAUUUUGGUUUUAACCUUACAAAUCCAGCUGCGUCCUGUGAAUCUGGUUCCAGCGUUUACAAAACGUGAGAAAAAAUAUUGAACUGAAUAAGAAGACUGCUGAAUAUGUAGCUUUUCCUAUCUAAUUAACACCAACAAAGAAGGUACUGCAGUCUAACAUGUAUAAAAGAAUGCCAUUGUAUGAAAACAAAGUUUUUUACCAGUAGCAUGAACGCUGGCCAGAAAUGCUACUGAGCAUGAAUAUUUUGCAGACAAAAGUGUACGAGUGGCAUAUAUUGGUUGAUAAUUGCGAUGUUUGCUGAUAAUAGCUGCUUAUUCAUCUUUGUAUGCAUUGGAGUUUCUUAAGCUACAACUGGUUUUAUUGAAAGGAACUUCUUGACUUGUUGGAGUUUUUACACAGAGGCAAUUUCAUUAAUAAUAACUCACAAAAUCGAAAGCAGUUUUACAUCAUGGCCUCGAUUGUUGCUCCGGUAAGAGACACAAAAUGGCUGACGUUGGAAGUGUGCAGGCAGUUUCAGAGAGGGACUUGUUCACGUUCUGAUGAGGAAUGUAAAUUUGCACAUCCAUCCAAAAGCUGCCAGGUUGAAAAUGGAAGAGUGAUUGCCUGCUUCGAUUCCCUAAAGGGCCGUUGUACAAGAGAGAACUGCAAAUAUCUUCAUCCACCAACACAUUUGAAAACUCAGCUAGAAAUUAAUGGUAGGAACAAUCUGAUCCAACAGAAAACUGCAGCAGCAAUGCUUGCACAGCAGAUGCAGUUUAUGUUCCCAGGAGCGCCUCUUCAGCCAAUGCCAUCGUUUCCAGUAGGACCAACAAUAGGAUCUAACACAGCACUAAACUUUGCACCAUAUUUAACUCCUGUUACUUCUGGGGUUGGAUUAGUUCCUACAGAAAUUGUCCCCGCACAACCUGUAAUUGUUCCUGGAAAUCCUCCUGUAACUGUCUCUGGAUCAGGUACCACACAGAAACUCCUCAGGACAGAUAAACUGGAGGUUUGCAGGGAAUUCCAGCGAGGAAACUGUGCACGGGGUGAAACUGAUUGUCGCUUUGCACAUCCUGCUGACAGCACUAUGAUUGAUACAAAUGACAACACCGUAACUGUUUGUAUGGAUUACAUAAAAGGGCGCUGCCUGAGGGAGAAAUGCAAAUAUUUUCACCCUCCUGCUCACUUGCAGGCCAAAAUCAAAGCUGCUCAGCACCAAGCAAACCAAGCUGCACUGGCGGCCCAGGCAGCUGCUGCAGCUGCUACAGUCAUGACUCAGUCGACUGCCAAAGCAAUGAAGCGACCUCUCGAAACAACUGUAGACCUGGCCUUUCCACCUGGUGUGCUUCAUCCUUUACCAAAGAGACAAGCACUUGAGAAAAGCAAUGGUGCCAGUGCUGUUUUUAAUCCCAGUUUCUUGCACUACCAACAGGCUCUUGCUAGUGCACAGUUGCAGCAACAUGCAGCAUUUAUUCCAACAGAUAAUCCUGAAACAGUGAACAGGAAUGGAAUGGAAUGUCAAGAGACCUUGUUGAGAACAGCAAAGCAUUGUUACUGUACAUACAACCCUGUCUCUUCCUUAACAGAAUUGCCACAAACUGCAUGCUGAGUAAAGAGUUUGUUCAUCUGGACAAAACACACUUAAGAGCUAGUACUGCUAUAUCAUAUAUGAAUAUUAAAUAUGGUAUGCUUAGUAUAUUCAAAACUAAUCUAGUUAACUACCUGAUGCCAGCUGUGAUGGUUCAAGACAUAAAAGGGUAAUAUUUUUCUUUUAAAAGUUUUAUAUAACACUGUUUACUUCUUAGGAAUGUUGUCUUACCACCAUAAAAUAGUGAAUGUAAGUAGUCCCGUUCAUAUAUUGUAGAGUUCACAAUUUUAUGACUCUUUCAAUGUUAGCAAUAAAUGAUUUACAUUGGCCACUAAAUCCAGGAUCCAAACAAUUACAUGAUUAGUUCCCCAUAAGUGCUGUUGCUUUGGUUGCAUGUUUCUUCAACUGUACUCUCCCCACCCCAGUUUGCACAGUGAACUUCUCUUGAAACUGGACUUUCAAAAGUACAUUGUAAUACUGCAAAGGAGAAUGUGGCUCCAAGCGUGUAGGUUAAGGGAGAAAAAAAAAAUACUUUGGGCAUAUCAGAACUCUUUGGUUCUUUGCCAAUAUAUGCCAACUAUAGAUUUAGUAAUUUGACAUUCUGUACUCUCUUAAAAAGCUGACUUCUCUAUUGCAGGACAAAAUAAGUGAUGCAGUAAUGGAAUGUUAUAUUCCUACACCACUAGAGGUUCCAAACAAAAUAGUUUUCCUAGCCCGGUGUCCUCCAGAUAGGUAGGAUUACUGUUUCCAGCAUAUGCAGCCAGCAUAGCCAAUGGCCAUGUGGUGGUGGUGGUGGUCCAGGGAGUCAUAAUAUACCAUGUCUGAGGAACAGUCAAUUGGAUGAAGCUGAAACAGAGGAUCCAAGGUAAAGCACAAAUUGCAGUAAUGCACACAAGCUGCUUUGGGAUAUGUAUGGAGAAGUUAUACUGGAAUCACAACAUUCUAGAAUUAAAUCAAACCUUUGCACGGUAUGAUUUUCAUACCCCUAACAAAAGUCUUGACUAUGUUAUUUUACAAAGAGAGAAUAUUUUUUAAAGAAGUCUUUGCAGAAGUGCCUAAAUUUUGUCACAUAAAACUUGAAACUUAAGUGACACUGCAGUCUAUAAUUGAAUCUAUGCCAGGUGGUUAAGCUUUCAGAUUUGCAAUCAGGUUACCAAAAAUAAUGUUAUAACUUCUUCCCAGUUAAGGAAAUGGGGCUACAGGUUAUAUGAGAUGAUAUGACAUUCUAUUUUAACUCAAAACUCAAUGCAGUCACUGUAAAAGCUAAUAAGUGACUUUAAUAUAGAUGAUUAGGAAAAUAUGGAAAAGGAUGUACAAAGAGCUUCAUUUUAAUCCACUGUUACUGCUGCCAUAUUUUUAAAAUAAGAUUUAAAAAGGUAUAAACAGGCUUACAACACAGAGAAAGAAACUAGUUCUUUUCAUUGUUUCUUUAAAAGAUUUUAUGUCACAGAAAUACAAAGUUAUAUUUUAUACAGCUGUAUUAAAUACAGAUUGUAUUAUAUACAGCUGUAUACUGUACAGGCACACAUAUGGGCAAAACAGAUUUUAAUAUUUCCUUUUUCAAAACUGCAUUGAUUUACAAGAUAGUUAUGUACAUUUGACUAAGGUAUGUUUGUUUUUAAGGUUUCCACACUGUUUUACCAAAUAUGUUACAUUUCAUGUUUUGUAUGUUGCACAUAUAUCUCAUAAAUAUAUAGUUUUUAAAUUAAUGUUUCUAAACAAAAACUUGUCUAGGAAAAUAUGCGUAAUUGUUGGAAACAUUUUCCCUUAUGAACAUUAUAAAUGAUUGCAGUAUUUUAACUUGGGCUUUUCAGACUGAUAUUAAGUUUUAUAGCUUUGGCAGCACCGCCUAUUGUAGGAGACCAGAACUACUAAUUGAUGUUUAACAACUUUAUUUUACAGUAUUAAUUUUGUUUUUCAAAUGUCUAAUGUCUGUUUAUAUUAAUAGUACUUCGAUCAUUUAAGGAAGAACACACACAUACACCCAAAAAUCUUAUGGAAAACAAGUUUGUAAUCUUGUAUUUAUUUUCAUUUGUGAGAAAAAUGUAUGCAAUUUUUGUUUUUACUUGUAAAUUUACUCUGUCAUUAUAACUUGUUUGUUGACUUGGCUGUUUACUUAACCUGUGGUUGUUAAGAGUUUUUUAAUGAUCCAUUUAAAUAUUUGGUACUAAAUGGCAAAUUAUGUAUGUUUACAAUAUUUAAACUGUAGAAAGAAUAUAUGAACAUACUAUGUUUAAACAAUUAUUUUCUUAGAAUCACUCUAAUAUUAUUUACUGUCCAUUGAUAAACAGAUUUUCAAGACAUGUAUGAGU